GUGCAUGAGCUCUCUCACAACCGAGACAGACACCAGCGCGCUCACAACGCAGAGGACGUAACCGCAGCUCCCUAUUGGUCCGGAGGUUUGGUGCGUUGCCGGACACGCAGAGUGGAUAUUCAGGUGUUUGGAUUUAUCUCUUGAGUUUUUAUUAUUAUUUUUUUUUAAUCACCACUUGGGUUUAUUUUACAUGCCAAAGCUGGGGGAACGCGCUGGAACACGACACACUUCUGCGCGAAGCUUUAAAGUUCUCGCCACAAUAAUUGGUUAUCGGAUGGACCAGCACCCCAGCGCCCGGAGCUGCACUAGUCGCGGGGCUUCGUCCUGUGAGGCCGUCCCGACGGAGCCCUCCAUGAAUCUGUACAUCCACUCCACCACCGGCACACGCUUCGAGCUCUCCCUUCCCCAGGAGGAGACCGUGGACGGACUGAAGAGGAGGCUGUCGCAAAGGCUCAAAGUGCCGAGAGAGAGACUCGCUCUGCUACACAAAGAAACGCGACUAAAUUCAGGCAAACUCCAGGACCUCGGCAUCUCCGAUGGGAGCAAGUUAACACUUGUACCAACAGUCGAAGCAGGAUUAAUGUCUCAAGCAUCAAGACCCGAGCAGUCAGUAAUGCAAGCCUUGGAGAGUCUCACAGAAACUCAGGUCAGUGACUUCCUGUCCGGCCGCUCCCCCCUCACCCUGGCAUUGCGCGUGGGUGAUCACAUGAUGUUCGUCCAGCUCCAGUUGGCGGCGCAGCAGUCCGGCGGUCCCCAGCUCCAGCACAGACACCUCAUCACCCGGGGCAGUGCAGAGACCCCGAUGGGGCAGCCCACAGGGCAGCCCCGCGUUCCCCACCCUCACCCACACUCCCACCACCCACACCCCCAUCACCCGCAUAGCCAGCCCGGCCCCCACUUGUCCCAGCCUCACCUGGGCCCUUCCCCUCCUUCUUCCCCGGGCUCCCCUUCCUUCCCGCUGCCCUCCACGCACCACCAGCCGCUUCCUCCCAUGUACCACCAGUCGCCCUCCUCACACUGUAGCCCCCCUACUCCCCCGCCCCAGCCCCACUCCCCUCACCCAUCCAACGUCCCCGGAGGUCUUUUCCGCUCUCCAGCCAGUCCCCACCAUCACUACCACCAGCCUUCCUCAAGCCAACCCAGCCACAACGUCGGCCAGGCCAGCCCCGUAGCCCCGGUCCUCUGCCCUGAAGCUAACUGCAGCACCAACAGCACCCCCAACAGCCCCGACAGCACCAACACCCCCAACAGCCCCGACAGCACCAGCGGUGGCAGCAGUCCCUCAACACGCUCCCGCAAACCUGGUGCCAUCAUUGAGAGCUUCGUCAACCACGCUCCCGGAGUCUUCUCAGGGACCUUUUCAGGCACUUUGCACCCUAACUGCCAGGACAGCACUGGGCGUCCCAGACGCGACAUCGGUACCAUCCUGCAGAUCCUCAACGACCUCCUGAGCGCCACGCGCCACUACCAGGGCAUGCCCCCCUCCCUCACCCAGCUCCGCUACCAGACCCAGUGUGGUUCGCCCACCUCCCCAUCCCCCUCGCCGCCUCCCUCGCCCCAAGUCGCCGGCAUGACGGGCCUCUCUCCCAAAGCUACCUCUGUGCCCGCCAGCAGCCCUAGCAGCCCUCCGCCGACUCUCCAUCCGCUGGUCCAGUGCCAGAGUCAGAUCCGCAUGUGCAAACCCCCCGGUGACCGCGUUCGUCAGACCGAGAACCGUGCGACCCGCUGCAAGGUUGAACGCCUGCAGGUGCUGAUGCAGCAGAAGCGCCUGCGCAGGAAGGCCAGGAGGGACCAGCGCUCCCCUUACCAGUGGCUGCCCAACCGGAAGGCCGGGCGCAGCAACAGCAACAGCAGCAGGUCCAGCGAGGGCUCCCUUGACCUGGACUUUGACGACUCGGUGUGGAAGGCCGACUUGAAGUCCGAGUUCGUCAUGGCCUGAGGCCGAAGCGUCUGAUCCCACGCGCCGCGGGACGGAUUCGACGAUGCGCGCAAAGCAUCGCUCGAGGAUUUACUUAUGAGAUAUAUUUGGAGGGAGUGGAUCGGCAGGAGGGGGACACAGAACUGCACAUAUAGAGGGAAUCAAAGUUGUCCUCGUGGCUCCCUCCUGGCAGACUUUAUUCCCGCCCCGUCCCUUCACAGUUGACCGUGUGAAAAACAGCAUCAACUGCAAGAGAACUUUCCUUUGACGCUUGGAUUUGGACGGGCAACAACCGGACUCAACAGUGUACAAGACUUUUUAACGGUGCGAUUACAGAGACGACACCUGAACUUUGAGCAUAGCAGAAUUCAGUGGGUGGUGGUGGUGGUGGUAUUUUCUUUUCUAAGAUUUGUUUUUUUUAAGCGCACUCUGGACAGCAAUGAAGAGAUCCACACUGGACUUAUUAACAGGACAGGAGCACCAGAGGCCUCAGUGUUUCCUAUUCACAAGAAUGGCAGAACUGCCGAACAAUGGAUUAUUCCAACGGGCAUUCUUAUCGAUCUCAGAACUCACCAACCAGAGUCUAGUUUUGACCUGUUACGGGGUGGUUAAACCUUUUUCUUUUCUUUUUUUUUUCAUUUUGAAACAUAUUAUUAUAUUUUAUAAACAAAAACAAAUAUGUAGCAUUGUUCACAAAGCAUUCAGGUUUUCAUAUAAAAGUUCAAAGUAGUUGUUGAUUUGCACAUUUUCUUGAUUUAUAACAGCUGGUCAAAGUGUGCAAGGACGAGGAGGUGGGGCCUGAAAUCGAAUAAAAAAAAUUAAAAAAAAUGAAUAUGGAAGUAUUGAUAUCAACCUCAGUGACAUAGGGUAUCGAUAGGAAUGAUUAAUGAGUAAACAAAAUUAAUUAAUAUUAACAGAAAGUGCUUUAGAGGAUUUUAAAAUCUUUAAAAUGUAUAUGGAAAAAAAAUCUAUUUUUUAUUUCUCUUCCUAUCUGCUGUUUUCAAAAAACAACAAAUACGUCCAUUCAAUCACUCGUUCAUUAGCUCGUUCAUGAAUUAUACUGUAGUCGUCCAGCCACAGCAAAUGAUACGGAAAGUCAAAUUUCAUCCAGCCCACCUCAUGUCUUACAGACCUGAAUGGACUUGAGGGUUUGCAUUAGUUUGUGUACAUAAAUGUGACAAUUGGCAAAGGUUUAUGAGGGUGUGUGUACGUUUGACUUAAGUGUAAAUUGAUUUAGAAAACCCCAUGUUUAUGUCUGAGCUGUCUUCUCUCAAAUAACCCCCGUAGUUUCUCAGAAAUCAUGAAGAUCAGCUGCAGUGAAUGCAUGGGUCCCGACUUAACAUCCCGACAGGAUAAAACAUCAAAUUUCGAAGUUCCUUUACCACAAGUCCUCAUAGUAAUGGCUAUUUUUUUAUUGGCAAAAAGGGGGAGAAGAAGUGGGAUCUGUAUCCAGCAUCAUUAUCUAGUGCCUCCACCAGUACAUCCGUUGACAUAUCAGGUUAGGCCUUUCACAGUUUUGCUGCUACACAUGGGGACUUGGAAAAAAUAAGAAAAAAAAACGCGAAAGGGGGAAAAAGUGACUUUUUUCUUUGCAUGCAGAAGUGAUAAUUACACUGAUCUUUUUUCUAUUGAUGGAAGAAGAAAAAAAAGAAACUGGUGCUGUGGGAAUGAAGGUCAACAACAUGCAUGAAUUUGUGAAGAAAAUUAACAAUGCUGCUUUUGUUGGUUAGGUUUUUUUUUUGUCAUUUUUGAUUUCCUCAAUGUUAGAACAACGGUGUCCUGCUAAAAGUAUUACGACGCAAAAAAACCAAAACAGAUGAAGUUAAGUGUGGACUCGCGUCUUGCUCAGCACUGAACAUUCCUGUUGUGUGUCAAUGAAGAUGAUGAUGAGCAAAGACAGUCUCUCUCCACUCCCCCCCCCCCGAGCGCUUGUUUCACCCCCACCGUGACUCUCUAGGACCCAGACAGCCCUACAAACUGUUAAGCCACCAACCCUCCCCCCUCCCUCCCUCUCUCCCCCCAGCCCGAACGCCAACCGAGGCUCGCGUGGAUGUACUCUGGCAGGGAACUAACAGACCGGGGCGGAUUUUGCAGUUCUGUCCCGUCAAACCCGAGAGACGCAUCCGGUCUGUCUCUUCAUCCGUCUGUCUGUCUGACCGAUCGACCACCCUACCACAAUUGCACUCCCAGAGAUUGCAGUGAGAGAUUACCCUUUUUGGUGAACCUCAUCUUUUUUUUUAAGUGGCCUUACCUUUCACUAAAAAAAUGAGACACUUGGGGACAAUGGGGGCGGGAAUGUUUUUUUUUCGUUUCGUUGUUUUAUUUUGGUUUUUAAAACUUUCUGUGUGCAUCGUUGUCGGACUUGUUGUCAUCCAGGCGCCAUUUUUGUCACUGAGGACACUGGGCAUCUGUCGUUUAGUGCUUUUAGCUGGUGGAGUCUCUAUUAUGUCAAGGCUUCUGUGCCUUAAAAAUGUUGCCCUUGCUGUGUCAGUGUCAGAUUUAAGCUUGUUUUCAUUGGUUGAUACGCAGGACUGCAGUAUUCGCAGCCACGAGAGUCGUAGAUUUUUAGGGGCGAAGCUUGUUCGAGUGAAUCGACUACUACUCAAAAAGUUGGUGUUGAUCCUCAAACACUGCCUUCGUCCCAUUUCGUCAUUGUGUUGCCAUGCUUGUUGGUCUCUGUUGUCCGAAACCUCACGUCCCUCUUAACUCAGUCCUCCCACCAACAAGCUGCAAAAGGCUACAAAUCUGUGUAACGUAUGUUAACUGGGGAAGUUCACACCGCAGUACGUAGAUGGCAAGAAACAGCCCUUAUUAAGAAAUGUCCUCUGAGGACUCCAGACUACACGCACUUCCUGUUUCCUUGGAUACAACAUUAUUAACGGACAAUUUAUCCCCUUGCCCCUCCCAAAUUUUUAUUUAAUUUUGUUUUGUAUAUGUAUGAACUAUACUCUGUGUGUGCCUCACUUCUGUGUGAAACUCAAAAAGAUGAAACGAAACAAAAAAGAUGACAAAAGCAUUACAGAGAGGAUAAAAAAAA